AUGGCAUGCAAAGCCCUCUAUGGAAAAGUGUCUUCUGUGUUUUGGAGGGCCUCAUUGCAAAGCAUCAGGACUGAUCUGUCCUGUGCCAAUCUGGGGAAGUUAGAGACGAUCUCAAGGGACGCUCAACUACGGCAUUAUGUGAAACAUAUGGCUUUUGCAGGUUUUGAUGAGUGCCUUGAAAAUCUUGGAGAAGGUUACAAAUGGGGUUCACAUCGCCAUCAAUCUGGCCAUCUCGUCAAUCUCCAGGAACACCCCGCUGUGAAACGACUGACAGACAUCCUCUGCCAGCUGGCCAACUGCAAGUCAUUCGAGAUCUAUGCUGUUCUCACUAAGGUCAGAGAUCAGUCAGAUAAUGACAAUUUUAGACCAACAGACUCAAUCACAACACUCCUGGAUGUUGUUGCAAGGGCCCAUCUUCCUGUCACUGCGCUUGUAGUCAAUUUCAUGGACAUAUCUAACUAUGCUCCAGACCCUCAGCGACUGCAAGUUUCAGACAAGGAGCAAUUCAUUGCAAUUGGGCAGCACCUUGAAGAGCUGAAGUUGGUAUAUGAACUUGAUGAUGAUAUUGUCCGUGAUUGGACAUUUAAUAUUCUCCUUCACACCCCCAAUCUUCGCAUGCUGCAUCUCAAGGGCCUAGGUCUGAGUGGCGGCACAGAACUUAUUCAUCGUCUUGCAUCAGCAGGUCCCCCAUGGUUACAAUUGCAGGAACUUCAUCUAAAAUGUAUCCCAGCGUCAAUUGAGGACCUAAUGGUCCUACUCCAGAGAUGCCGACAUAGCCUCCAGGUUCUCAAAAUAGAUAUUAUGCGAAUGUAUGCCAAUGUUGGGGAUGUAAAACAAAUGCUGAGGACUCUUAGCGACAGCUUUCCAGCAUUGGUGUCAGUCUCCUUUGAUAGUUUUACACUUGGUGUGAUCCGGAGGGAUUAUUUCAUCCACUUUCCUGUUGUUGCCGAGAAUCCUUUUGUCGAUGAGUUACAGGGCACAAAAUUUGAGUUCGCAACCAAUAAUACGCGUGGGUGGCAAAGGGUUUUUCGUGUGGCUUACUCAGGUCCAAGGAUGGACGUUGCUUUGGAUAUCCUCGCGAGGACAGUGGAUGGCGCUCCUGCUAGCAUAUCCUAG